AUGGAAGUUGCUGGACUUGUCAUCGGCGCUACUUCUAUCCUCGCGCUAUGGGAGACGUGCGUGCAAGUUUUCGACAUCGUCGUGUCGGGGCAGAACUACGGCAUGGACAGCGAAAUCGCGCGCGUCAAACUCGAAGUCGAGCGCGUCCGCCUCCUUAUGUGGGGUCAGGCCGUCGGCCUUUCCAGUGUGCGGUUGCCGGAGGAGGGCGCCACGUCUCCAGGUCCGUGUCACCCACGAUUGGGCAGGCCGGAAGUGAGCGAUGCGGUCGUGCGAAUUUUGGGUUGCAUCCACCAUCUGUUCAAGGACACGGACGCGCUGCAGUGUCGUUAUGGAUUACAGAGAACCUCGGGUCGUUCCUCGGUCUCGGCUGUGCUCGACAUCUCGCCCGAAAACAAUGCGUCGUCAGCGACUAUCCUGGAAUCGGUCUUCAAGAAAGCAUACGCAAGCCUGCAGAGGUCGUCUCGGCGUAACAACAGGAUCACGACAUUCAGAAAGCGCGCGUAUUGGGCUAUUCUUGAUAAGACGAAGUUCAGCCUGCUCGUGCAGGAGAUCCGUGCGUUCAACGACAGUUUGAGCGCGCUCUUCCCGGACGCGUCAAUCGAGACACAGGACAGCUUGCGCCGGGAUAUAGAAGCAAGCGACGAGAUCGCAUCCUUGCGUCUGCUGCAACAAGCCUCCGCCAACGAUUAUGUGGAGCUCUCGGACACAGCGAGCGAGCGCGUGAGCUUGCUGGAGGAGCGCGCAUCUCUGGCCGAAUCAGAGAUCCCCCCGGUCCGAGUCGUCUUCGAUCCUGAGACGUUCACCAUCAGGACUAUCAGGCCCGCACCACCCGAGCGCAUAGCGCCCAUUCUCGAGGCAUCGCCGACGGAGCGAAGCGACGAAGAGGUGUACGGCGCGGAAGAUAAUACGAGAUGGCACGUGCUCUUCCGUGACGAGAGAGAUCGUGGCGUUCAAGCGCUGGAGAGGCAUGUCCUAGAAGCGCAUAAGGUAGUGGACUGGUUUAUCAGCUUCCUCCUUGUCAAGAUCAACACCCUGUCUCUCGUCGAACACAAGAUGCAAUCGCUCGCCAAACAGUUCGUUGAGCCGGACAUCAGUAUCCUUCUAGACGGCAUUAACAACGAAGCGGCGGCACAAGCUCCCCUUCUCGAGUCCUUCAGCGCCUGCCUCGCGGCUGCCAACGAACUGAAGGAGCGCUACGUUGGCUUUCAAAGCAAGUUCGCACACCUGCAAGCCGAGACGCGCGCGAAGCAGAAGGCGGACUUCAGGCUGGCCAAAGCAAGGGAAGCGUAUGAGUCCGCUAGAUAUCAGAUUGCGACACUUUCCCGGAAGAUGAAGCAUCGGGACGUGCGAGGGCGACUGCGGACCAUCCAGAGCGAGCUGUCGCAAGCCCACCAGCAGCUGAAUACAGCCGAGACCACGCUAAGCGAGCGAACUGCAACGUACGAUGCGGCUGCGCGUCGCUGGGAGGGAGUUUGGCGCGAGACCUGCGACAGGGGGCAGAAGCUAGAGCAGGAUCGGCUGAAUCUCGCGAAGGAUCUGGGUUCGAGAUGCGACCUUCAGGCAUUAGAGAGCUACCACUCCCUAUCCGUUUUCAUCUUCUCCAUACAUACUGUCCAUGACACCCUCGCGUUGGGGAAAGCCUUCCGAGCGAGGGUGGACGUGGAUGAGGAGGCUGGUAAUCAUCCACCGGCGGCACCAUCCGCGUUGUACGAUGGCCCAAAACACGACUACGAGUAUCAGGGUACAACCUGGUAUCGCGAGCCUAAUGUCCUUGCGUGGGCAAAGUACUACGACAUGGAUGGGACCGACCCCGCAGGUGCCGUAUACUUCCAUCACGUCCCCGGGGUCAGCGAUGGGGAUGAACACUCCGAAGCAUCCUCGAUGCACGAUAGGAGGACGCCAAGUCCAUCGCGUGAACCACCGCCUCAGGCCUUAAGGAGCGCACCGCACUUGCCGCCCGCGUAUCAUGCACAGACCAACGAGAGGUCGUCCUUCGCCAGCGACAACACGUCUGUCGGAGACGAGCCGGAGUCACCGCUACCUGCAGGCCUUUACCAUGCGCUGUUCGACUUCCAGGCGGAGAACUCCCUCGAGCAGUCUCUUGCCGCCGGGGAUGUCGUUAACGUCGUCGAAGGCUCAGGUGGCUACGGCUGGGCUGUCAUAACGCGCGCAGACAUGUCUGACCCCGCGAGCGAGUACGCGCUCGUUCCUCGGGCGUUCCUGCUACCUGUACAGGUUCCAUCGCUCAGCGACUGCUCUCGUGUGUCCCAGGCCACUGCAGAGGAUGAAUCUGGCGAGGAUGUAUCUGUACCCAACAAGCUGGAACGCGAGCGUUUGAACACCUUGCCGACCACACGGUCCGUAGAAGCCUCGGGAGUAUGGACCUCCGAAGGAUGGGAUGCUCCUCCGUCCUACGAUUUAGCAACCGACAUCCAUGCUAUGUAG